GCAGUGCCUUGGACACUGACCCCACUAUCCACAGCUCAUAGGAUUUUGAGAAGUGCUCCUGCCUGGGAAAAAACUCAGCUCUGAAAAAGGAAGGACAGCAGAGGCCAGGAGCCUUGUUGGAGCUGAAGGUCUUCUCCUCAGAGCAAGGGCAGUAUAGUGAGGAGAGACAUGGAGGUGUCCUCUGUGCUUCUCUGUUCAGGGUGUAGCCCUUGGCAGGGGUUCCUGCUCACAGCCUCCCUUUUAACCAGCUGGCUCUUGCCCACCACUGCCCAAGUCACCCUCGAGUCCUCACCGCCCCAAGUGGUUGAAGGAGAAAACGUUCUUCUAAGUGUUGACAAUAUGCCAGAGAAUAUUAUAGGUUUUGGCUGGUUCAAAGGGGAGACCGACAUGAACCGUGGAAUUGCACUGUAUUCACUGAGGUAUACUAUAAGUUUGAUGGGGCCCGUGCACAGUGGUCGAGAGACAUUGUACGGCAACGGGUCGCUGUGGAUCAAAAAUGUCACCCAGGAGGACACAGGAUUCUACACCUUUCGAAUCAUAAAUAAACAUGGAAAAAUUCAAUCAAAUACAACCCUGUUCCUUCACGUGAAAUCCUCUCUUUUCGUCUGUGGGCAUCCUUUUAACCCCGAACAGCCCACUAUUGAAUCAGUGCCGGUCAGCGUUAGUGAAUGGGGAAGCGUUCUUCUCCGUGUUCACCAUCUUCCAAACUAUCUCCGAACACUUUUCUGGUACAGAGGGGCACUCGUGUUGAACAAGCUUGAGAUUGUCCGAUACAGAACAUUCAAGGAUUCCUAUGAGCUGGGCCCUGCCCACAGCGGUAGAGAAACAAUGUUCAACACUGGGUCCCUGCUGCUUCAGAAUGUCACCUGGAAAGACACUGGAUUCUACACCCUACGCACUCUCAGUACAGAAUUCAACGUCGAAUUAAUACACAUUUACCUUCAGGUGAACACCUCCCUUUCCUCGUGCUGUGACCCUAUUACCCCUGCCCCACUCACGAUAGAUCCAGUGCCACGGCAUGUGGCUGAAGGGGAAAGUGUUCUUCUCUAUGUCCACAAUCUGCCCGAAGCUCUGCAAACCUUUUCCUGGUACAAAGGAGUGUACAGCCUUAAGGAAUUUAAAAUUGCAGAAUACAGCAUAGCGACAAAGUCUGUCUUCCCGGGCCCGGCACACAGAGGAAGAGCGACAGGUUACACCAACGGAUCUCUGCUCCUGCAGGACCUCACUGAGAAAGACUCGGGAUUGUACACACUUGUAACAUUAGACAGUAAUGCCAACAUUGAAACAGCCCACGUGCAAGUCACCGUGCACAAGCCUGUGACACAACCUAUCCUGAGAGUCACGGAGAGCAUAGUCACAGUACAGAGCUCAGUGGUCUUCACUUGCUUGUCGGACAACACUGGAGUCUCCAUCCGUUGGCUCUUCAAGAAUCAGAAUCUGCAGGUCACAGAGAGGAUGACCCUAUCCCCAUCAAAUUGCCAACUCAGGAUUCAUGCUGUCAGGAAGAAGGAUGCUGGACAGUAUCGAUGUGAGGUCUUCAACCCAAUCAGCUCCAAGACCAGUCUCCCUGUCAGCCUGGCCGUGAUGAACGAGUGACCCCUCCUCUCAUCCUACAGCAGAGUGGGGGUCCUUUCUGUAUUGAGAUGCCCACACCUACACAACCCUGUCAGUUACAGAUUUCCAUUCAUGCUCAUGGCCAUCUGUACUUCUCUCCCAUCCCUCCCUACACCUGAUACUGAACCCCUCCAUUAUCUUCUAUAUCCCCUCUUCCACCAAGUUCCCUUUCUCCUUCUUCCCCCUCCAACUCUAUUUCCCCCUUCUAAGUGGGUUUCAAUCCACAUUUGACCUUCCUUCUUGUUUAGCUUCUUUGGGUCUGUGGAGUGCAGUGCGUGCAUCUUGUAUUUCAUGGCUAAUAUCCACUUAUAAGUGAACACAUGCCAUGCAUGCCUCUUUGGGACUGGACUUCCCCACUCAGGAUGUUAUUCUGAAGAUCCAUCCAUGUGCCUUCAAAAUUAUUGUUGUCAUUGUGUUUAAUAGUUUAACAGUAGCCCAUGUUGUGUAUGAA